UAAUUCAACAAUUGGCACGUGCUUUUGAAAAAAGCGCGUCCUGCAGAGCGUCACAGGGAACGUGGCAACGUCGCUCGAAUCAUCCAUAGGAGCAUCGUCCCUAGAAUCAACUAGAAUCCAUAACCUCAUUUACCCGUUCGAGAUGUUGACAAACUGUUUUUUUGAAUCCGGAAAAUUGCCAUGAUUCGCUGGAAAUCUCGACUAAGGCAAGAACUUUGAAACUGUACUGGGCCCUACGAACUGUUUUUAAUUUUAAUUUCAAUAUAAAAGGAGAAUAAGGUGAUGUCAAUAUGCUUAGCAGCAACAGAAAAGUGUCGUACUUUUACAAUCCUGAUGUGGGAAAUUUUCAUUAUGGGCCUGGACACCCGAUGAAACCACACAGAUUGUCGGUCAUUCACAGUCUGGUGCUGAACUAUGGACUCCAUAAGAAAAUGCAAAUCUAUCGACCGUACAGAGCGAGUAGGCAUGAUAUGUGUCGCUUCCACUCUGAUGAAUAUGUUGAAUUUUUGCAAAGGGUGACCCCACAGAAUUUGCAAGGUUAUACAAAGUACUUGAGCCAUUUCAAUGUGGGUGAUGACUGUCCAGUUUUUGAUGGCCUCUUUGACUUUUGUUCCAUGUACACGGGAGCAUCAUUGGAAGGUGCUACAAAGCUAAAUAAUAAAAGCUGCGACAUAGCGAUAAACUGGAGUGGUGGUCUGCAUCACGCGAAGAAGUUUGAGGCCUCUGGCUUCUGCUAUAUCAAUGACAUUGUUAUCGCGAUCCUAGAGCUACUCAAAUAUCACGCGCGCGUGCUCUACAUCGACAUUGACGUGCACCACGGCGAUGGUGUCCAGGAAGCUUUUUACUUGACUGAUCGUGUGAUGACGGUCUCUUUCCACAAAUACGGCAACUACUUUUUCCCUGGCACCGGUGACAUGUACGAGAUCGGCGCCGAGAGUGGCAGGUAUUACUCCGUCAACGUUCCCCUCAAAGAAGGCAUCGACGACGCCUCCUAUGUCCAGGUAUUCAAGCCCUGCAUCUCCAACGUGAUGGAGUACUUCCGGCCCACGGCGAUAGUUUUGCAGUGUGGUGCCGACUCUCUUGCGAACGACAGACUUGGUUGCUUUAGUCUCAGUACCAAGGGCCACGGUGAAUGUGUCAAGUACGUCCGCGACCUGAACAUACCGCUGCUUACGGUAGGCGGCGGCGGUUACACCUUACGAAACGUCGCGCGAUGUUGGACCUACGAGACCUCGCUUCUCGUCGACGAACCGAUCAGCAACGAACUGCCUCUCACCGAGUACAUCGAAUACUUCGGGCCAGACUUCACCUUGCAUCCGGAGGUCGUCACCAGGCAGGACAAUGCCAAUAGUAAGCAGUACCUAGAUACCAUAACGCGACAUGUCUACGACAACCUAAAGAUGAUCGCAAGCUCGCCCAGCGUGCAGAUGCACGACGUUCCCUGCGAUGCUUUACCUCCGGAAGAUGAGAGGCAUCCCGACCCAGACCCAGACUCUAGGCAGAAUCCUCAAGAUAUGGACAAGAUAGUCGAGCCAGCCAACGAGUACUACUCGGGAGACAAGGACCAGGACAAAAUGGACACUGGAGAUUCAUAACUUGCUGGAACUUUCCUUCUGUGCGUUCAGUGUUGUAUAAAUGAUUUUUUUUUAAGCGUUAAACAGAGUGAGAGCGUUGAAGAGAAUUUGAACGAGGUAUCAGCAGCGUUGUGUUACAAAUUUUUAUCUAUUUCGGUUUUAUUUCAUUGAAAAACUGUGUUUCGAUUUAUUUCCUUAAACAAGGAAACAAUUUGGAAUCUGACACUUAUUUUCGUAGUUGUGGAUGUACGAUGAUAAUUUUGAAGUCGGCCGUGCAAAUUGACGUCUCACUUACUUUGAAAAACCAUUUCUUACGAAUCAAGUAAAUAUUAAAACUUGCUUUGGUAAGAAUUUUUAAUUUACUUUCUUUUGUGAAAGUACCGUAGUAAUGGUCGCGCAAAAAAUGAAAAUUAUUUUUCAAAUUAGUCUUUACCGAACGUUUAUAAAUCUCCUGUAUAAAUCUUCGACUACUUUUUUACUCCAACUAUUGGUAUACAUGCAAUUAUGACGAGAAAAUUGAGUUUAUAAAUUGGAUGGUUUCCUUGAAUUAGUCUGUACAUAAAAAUCUAAAAAAUACAUAUUUUAGUUAGUUUAUAUUUUGUUUUUAAAGCAUUCAACGUGUAUUGUAUACACUGAAAAAAAACAGUCGUUUCUGCUGUAAAGUCCGGUAGUUUUAACCGUUCUGCCACCGUAACUACUGUUCAGUAACAACAACGGUGUGCCACUGGUAGUUUUAACGAGUCGCGACUCGUAAAAUUGGUCGCUUACGCGGGACACCAGCAAAAACAACCAAACUGAUUCUUUAAAACUGCUGAACUCUACGGUAAUCUUGGCGAGUUUUCGUACAAUGACGGAUUACAGGUGCGAGUUCAGUUAAAAUGGCUGUUUUUUUUUCAGUGUAGAACGAACUACCUUUUAGUUGAUUUAUGACUUAUAAUUUUAUUUAUUUAACAAAUUUGUGAAAAUGGAUAAAAAUUUAACAACACAAUGAUGGUGAAUAUGCCAAGGCGCGAGGAACUGACUUAAUUUGAUCCUCACAUAGAUUAUAUAAUAAAUGCGCAAGUUAAUAAAACUUAAUGAAUUGUAAAUAGGAACUGGAAUGGAGAGAUAUUUGCAAGUGGUAAAAUAAAGAUUUGUACACAUUCUA